AGCAGGCGUAAAAAGAAUCUGAUGCCCAGUGAGCUACUAGCUAUCCCGAUUUAUGUCAUACCGGUUUUAGUCAAGUAAAAUGGUGUUAUUUAUGACAACCAACUGACAACACUGCAUUGAGAUUUUGUUCAUCCGUAAUUAUCGUUUAAAAGUAUUGUAUUUUAAAGUAGUCUGCUGGCUAACUAUCAAAUAGAAUCACUUUUCUCAGCAUUUUUUUUUAUCUAACGUUAGCUGGCUGGCUAACUUCCUAUUUUUUUUUUUGCAUUCCUUCUUUGUCUUAGUCGACGUUUUGUUUUUGUUGGUGGUUUCUAUCUGGCCAGUUGUUUUUUUUCUCUCCCCCCCCACUCCCGGAGUUUUAACUUUUUCUACCUGACAAGGUUCCAGUUUACCAAGAUUGGCAGCUCCGGAGUUAAGAUGUCUAACCGAACAGUGUGCAGAGAAGCAAGUCACGCUGGCAGUUGGUACGCCGCCUCAGGCUCCCAGCUGAAUACACAACUAGAAGGUUGGUUGUCUCAAGCACAAUCCACGAUCAGCCCCGCUAGAGCCAUCAUAGCACCGCACGCUGGAUAUUCCUACUGUGGUGCUUGUGCUGCACACGCCUACAAACAAAUAGACCCUUCUGUCACUCGCAGGGUGUUCAUCUUGGGCCCGUCUCACCAUGUUCCUCUGUCCCGCUGUGCCCUGUCCUCUGCUGAGGUUUAUAAAACACCUCUCUACGAUCUCAGGAUUGACCAGAAUGUCUAUGCUGACCUCUGGAAGACUGGGAUGUUUGAGAGGAUGAGUCUUCAGACAGACGAGGAGGAGCACAGCAUUGAAAUGCAUCUGCCUUACACUGCUAAAGCCAUGGAGAGUCAUAAAGAUGAGCUCAGCAUUGUCCCGGUGCUGGUUGGAGCCCUCAGUGAGUCUAAAGAACAGGAUUAUGGGAAAUUGCUCAGCAGGUAUCUGGCUGAUCCCUCCAACUUGUUCAUCAUCUCCUCGGACUUCUGCCACUGGGGCCAACGGUUCCGCUACACGUACUAUGACGAGGCUCAAGGAGAGAUCCACAGAUCCAUUGAACACCUUGAUAAAAUGGGUAUGGGCAUUAUAGAAACACUGGACCCCAUGUCCUUCACCAACUACUUGAAGAAAUACCACAACACCAUCUGUGGCCGUCACCCUAUUGGAGUGCUGCUAAACGCCGUGUCUGAGCUGAGGAAGAGUGGAACAGAGAUGAACUUCUCCUUCCUGAACUAUGCCCAGUCGUCCCAGUGCAGGAACUGGCAGGACAGCUCUGUUAGCUACGCAGCUGGGGCCCUCAUUGUACAUUGAUGUGGUCCCAAAUGGCACCCUAUUACCUAUAUAGUGCACUUCUUUUGACCAGGGCUCAUGGUAGCCUUGUCCAAGCCGGAAUGGCCCGUAGGUCAGGAGCCCAUCUCCUGUUUCUGUAGCGGCGAGGCAGCUUGAUAUACAAGUACAAACCCUGGACAGGACGCUAGUCUAUCGCAGGGUCCAUAGGACUCUGGUCAAAAGUAGUGCACUAUAUAGGGAAUAGGGUGCCACUGCAGCUCUAAACUACCCAAACUUCUAUCGCCAUAACGAUGAUCUGGACUAGCCAAUGAGGAGAGAUAUUAUAUUCACAGCACCCCCUACCUGCCCUCCCCCUCUCCGCAGUUGUGAGUCGGAGAGUUUUUCUUUGUCUUACCUUUUGCUUGGAGUGCAGUUGCAGUUUUUGAGAUUGAAGGGAAGGAGUGUUAUUUUGGCAUGGAGCAGGGAUGGUUGUGGGGGGGGGGUGUAUUUGGGGCUCGUUAAGGGGGGUGUAUUUGGGGCUCGUUUAGGGGGGUCUUGUGGGGGGUUAUUUGGGGCUGUUGUAGGGGGUUGAGGGGAGGGUGUAUUUGGGGUCUUGUAGGGGGUUAAGGAGGGGGGGUAUUUGGGGGUUAAGGAGGGGGUUAUUUGGGGUCUUGUAGGGGGUUAAGGAGGGGGGGUAUUUGGGGCUGUUGUAGGGCACUCGACUUGUUCCAUAUGACCCUGGUUUCCCGAAUGAGAAAAGUCAAAUGAAUAUUACAAUUUUAAAUAAUGUAUAAGCAUUAAUGAAUCUUUACAUUUGCUCUCUUUGCAAACCUACGGUCGUGUAAUCUGAUUUAAAAACCUGUGUUGAUGUAAUCUGAUUUACAGACCUGUGCUCAUGUAAUCUGAUUUACAGACCUGCGCUCAUGUAAUCUGAUUUACAGACCUGCGCUCAUGUAAUCUGAUUUACAGACCUCUGCUCAUGUAAUCUGAUUUACAGACCUGCGCUCAUGUAAUCUGAUUUACAGACCUGUGCUCAUGUAAUCUGAUUUACAGACCUGUGCUCAUGUAAUCUGAUUUACAGACCUGUGCUCAUGUAAUCUGACUGCAAAUGGAAAUGGAAAAGUGAUCCCUGAUGAUAAGGAAAUAAAUUGACUGACUGCUUAACAAGCUAUUA